AAGGUGAAAAGCAGAUGCAGGUGUCUGGAUCAACCUCAGGUUUAGUACAGCGUCGGAAAUCGCGCACCGGUUAUGCCCCACACAACAGUGCCAGACAGCGGAUGCGUGGACGCGCGGGUGUACUCAGCCCCCGACCACCCCGCUGUAUCCUAUUUGUCUACUUGUUGUCAUGGAGGAGCCAAGAUGGCGGUCCUGGCCUAUAGCCUAGGCAAACGGGAAAUAAAUCAGUAUUUUUGCAUUAAAAAUGCUAAAUUAUUAUCUCUCGCUGUCGUCAUCCUACUCACCGUGUUUCACACAGUUUCUCGCUAUUAUGGAGGCGGAGACACAUGUGAGUGGUUGCUGUCCAGUGGUCGGUUCUUAGGAGAAAACGUAUGGCAGCCCUAUGGCUGUAUGAUGCACAAAUAUAAAAGCAUUGAAGCAAAGACUUGCCUUGCUGAGAAAAGGGUGGCCUUCAUUGGCGAUUCCAGAAUACGGCAGCUAUUUUAUUCAUACAUACAAAUAAUCGAUCCUACACAAAAAGAGAAUGGAAGAAAGCACGAGAACAUUCCCUUCGAAGAUAGGAGCGCUUCAGUCAAUGUGGACUUCCUGUGGUAUGCAGAGGUGAAUAACUCUCUGAAGGAGCGCUUGAUGUCAUGGACAGAGGAUCCUUCUGUAAAACCAGAUGUAGUCAUCAUCGGAGCUGCCACUUGGUCCAUCAAGUUGCGUAGUGGCAGCAGUGAGGCGCUGCAGCAGUACAGGGCCAACCUCACAGCCAUCUCCUUGCCUCUGGAACAACUGGCUGAGGAUGGGGAGGUCUACUGGGUCUUACAGGACCCUGUCCAUGAGGAAGUUCUGAGUGAUAACAGGAAGAUGAUUACUAACGAGCAGUUGGAGCUGUACAACGAGGCGGCACUCGGCACUCUGAACAGCAACAAGAAGAACGCCAAGGCCAGAGUCAGGUUCUUGGGCGCCUCGCGCCAGGCUGCCAUGGAAACCAUUGCCCAAUCAGCUGAUGGCCUGCACCUGCCCGAGAACACCCGGAACGUGGGUGCCAUGAUCCUGAUGAACGCUGUGUGCAACAAGGUCCUGCGGCCCAUCCACGGCUCCUGCUGCCAGGCCCUGCCGGCCCCCAGCCUCCUCCAGAAACUGACGGCCUGUGUCUUCCUGGGCUCAACACUGGUAUUCCUGGUGCUUCAUGCUCUGGGCCACAACAGGCACUGGAAGUCCCGGCCCACUCCCCCCGACGUGGAGAGUGGCGAGGAGAAGCCGGCCACGGCGGCGUCGCCUCUCAGCCACAAGGCUCCGUUCCAGGCCAUGUGUAAGAUGGGCCUCAUCAUGGCUUACUUCUACCUGUGUGACCGGGCCGACGUCUUCAUGAAGGAGCAGAAGUUCUACACCCACUCCACCUUCUUCAUCCCCCUCAUCUAUGUGUUUGUCCUGGGAAUCUUCUACAGCGAGAACAGCAAGGAGACCAAGCUGCUGAACAGAGAGCAGACCGACGAGUGGAAGGGCUGGAUGCAGCUGGUCAUCCUCAUCUACCACAUAUCUGGAGCCAGCGCCUUCAUCCCGGUGUACAUGCAUGUUCGGGUCCUGGUGGCAGCAUACCUCUUCCAGACAGGAUAUGGACACUUCUCCUUCUUCUGGCUCAAAGGGGACUUUGGACUCUACAGAGUGUGCCAGGUCCUAUUCCGUCUCAACUUCCUGGUCAUAGUUUUGUGUCUGGUGAUGGAUCGGCCGUACCAGUUCUACUACUUUGUGCCUCUGGUCACUUUCUGGUUCGUCAUAAUCUACGCCACCAUGGCCAUGUGGCCCCAGAUACUGCAGAAGAAAGCCAAUGGUAGUGGGAUGUGGCACAUUGGAAUUCUAGUGAAGCUGCUUGGGCUACUCCUGUUCAUCUGCUUCUUUGCGUAUUCACAGGGGUUGUUUGAGAACAUUUUCUCAGUCUGGCCCGUCUCCAAGCUCUUUGAGCUGAACGGAAGCAUUCACGAGUGGUGGUUUAGGUGGAAGCUGGAUCGAUUUGCCAUUAUCCACGGGAUGCUGUUUGCCUUUGUCUACCUGUUGCUGCAGAAGUGCCAGGUCCUCUCUGAGGGGAAAGGAGAGUCUCUCUUCUCCACAACAAUCUCCAACAUCCUACUCCUCAUCUCUGUGGUCUCAUUCAUGACCUACUCCAUAUGGGCCAGCAGCUGUAAAAACAAGACAGAGUGCAACGAGAUGCAUCCCUACAUCUCAGGGCUCCAGAUCCUAGCCUUCAUCCUAAUCAGAAACAUUCCCGGAUACGCCCGCUCUCUAUACAGCUCAUUCUUCGCAUGGUUCGGGAAGAUCUCCCUGGAGCUGUUCAUCUGCCAGUACCACAUCUGGCUGGCGGCGGACACCAAGGGCAUCCUGGUGCUGAUCCCAGGCAACCCCUCGCUCAACAUAAUUCUCAGCACCUUCAUCUUUGUGUGUGUGGCCCAUGAGAUCUCCCUGAUCACCAACGACCUGGCCCAGGUGGCCAUCCCCAAGGAUGGGGCCGCCCUGCUCAAGAGGCUGCUGGCUGCCGGGGUCUUCACCCUGGGUCUACUUCUGAUGUCCAAGAGCCAGGGUGAAGGGAACCAGGGAGAAGGCCACUGAGAUGAGGGGAGGGGGUACCACUGUGGGGGAGAGGUAGACUGAUUUCUAGACUAAUAAGAGUGACUGACUGGUUAGUCUUCCAUGACCCCAGGGUCGUAUUCAUUUGGCACCAAACUGAAGAAAAUUGACUGAUAGAUGUGUUCCAUUGCAAACCUUUUAAAACCUUUUGCUACGGUUUGCAUCAAUGAAUACGACAGAGUUGAACAGGCCAAGUCAAGGAUAUGGCACUGCUGUCUGUCUCUCUUGACUGCUCUGCUUUGAGUACUGGGGUGAAAGUCAUACACUGAAGAGGACGAGGUCCCAACUUGGGCCCACACAUCACUGAACAGCACAUUAAUAAGGUACUGACUCCAUACUAUAGACGUUUACAAUGGAAGAAGGGUGAGGUGGGGGUAGAGGAUCGGGGGUAAUGGUGGGUUUGAUGAUGUGUGGAUUUUUUAAACAAAUUGCUCCCCAGAUGACUCCCUAUGCAGUGUACUAGCUUUGACUGGGCUCUGGUCUAAAGUAGUGCACUAUAUAGAGAAGGGUGCCAUUUGGGAUGCAGGUAGAAACAAAUAAAAUUUGCCUUGUGCUGAAAAGUGAGGUCAGCAGUCACCUAGCUCUGAAAUCUAUGUUUUAUGCACAUUAUUUAUUUAAAUGAAGCUUCUAUUUUAUACAGGGUUAUUUUUGUUGUUGCUUUUAUUUUUCCAUUUGUUGUGUAUGUGCCCAUGACUGCUGUUUGUUUGUGAAUGAAGUAUUGCCUAGAUAUUUUCCGUUUAAUUUGUCACCACCUCAGACCACAGCCAGGCCAUGGAGAAGAUGCAGUAAUGAAUUUUCAUUGCAGAAUCCUGUUGCAUUCUGGGUCUGACACGAGCCUAUCCAAUCCGGGUGAACAACCACUGGUGUCUGUGUGCAUCCGUUUGCGCAGGUUCAGUUUCACCAAUUUCUACUAGUAUGUUAAAUGAGAAGUGUGGAUGUUGUUUCUGUGUUAGUCAUCUUAAAGCAGGCUUCUCAGAGCUACAAUAGAACAGGCACUGCUUUGUAAAUACAUCUAACAUACCGUGGCAGGACAUCCGUCAAAGCAUACUUACCACUAUAACGAAGCCACUGCUAAUGAGUGGAUGGAUGAUAUGCACCUGACUUAAUGCCUUCGUUCUACUCCCUACAGUUUUCUCUUCAGUUGCCACACGGCAUCAGUGCCAAGUUUGCAUUGAAAUCUGACGCGUCGUGAUCAAGGUUGGAACUUAAGGAUUUUGGGCAGUGGCUUGCUGGGCUAGUAGACUGUAAUUUCUUCUAUCCCGGUUGGUAUUCUGUGCUAUAUUGUAAAACACCUAAUUUCACUCGCCGCCGGGCUAGUUAAACACAUUUUCUACUAGCCCAGUCUGAAAAGUGCUAACAUCGGGGCUAGCUUAAUUUCCAACCUUGGUCAUGAUACUUCAUGAUGUAGUUUAAAAGGGGGGGGCGGUUGAAUGGGAAUUAUUGCUAUAAAGAAUAAAAAGCAGUACUUCAUGUUGAGCCUGUCAUUUACCUACAGAUGGACAAUAUACACCAACCGUUAAGCCUUCUUUCAGCCAACGAGUCAAACCCAUGUUCUUUGUGUGUAUUUUCCAAUUCUGCUAUGUAAGGUUUUUACAAGGGAAGGUUAUUUAAUUUUAAAUGGCAUAGUAAAACUAAGAUUUUUGUAUAUCUGCUACUUCAUCCAUUUUGUACCUCACCUUGGCGGUAGCCUAAAUACAACAGCCAAAAUUGUAUGGAUUUAAGGAAACACUGAAUCGCUUCAUAUCCAGUUGUUGAAUCAUUUAGAUACCACUUUGAUCCAUUGGUUAUAGUGCCCAUUAUUUAACACCCUUCACAAUGUGUAAAUCACCUGCUUAAAGCUGGAUGUUAAGGCAACUUAGCAGAUAUUGUAAGUGUACAUUAAGAAGACUGCAAAUUAGUUAGUUAUUUUAGUUUAAUCGCAUAUGAAUUUUAUCUGUAUAUUUUCUGUGCCGUGGAAAGGUAACUGAAUGGGGUGUACACUGUAGAAUUAUUACAGGUUGAUGUAGCUUCUCAAUUAAAUUAAUUCAAUACCAUAGAUUGGUCUGACAGGUCUUGGCACUAUUCAGAAGUCUGUAUCCCAAAUGGCACCCUAUUCCGUAUGUAAUGCAAACCUCUUAAACCUGAGCCCAUAGAGCUCUGAUCAAAAGUAGUACACUUUGCAGGGAAUAGGGUACCAUUUGUUUGUUACGAUUUGCUUGAAAGUCAAAACAUUACACAUUUUGAAAAUUGGAUUGAUCAAGGAAAUUGCACCGACUGUAAAUGGACAGCAAUUGUUCUGAAUUUGGUUGUCAGGAAAAUGGUUAUCUACCUUGAUUUACAGUAUGUUAUUCACAAUUUUAGAUUUUUCUGUUUUAAAUUAGUUUUGGUCAAAUUAAAAGAAGCAACAACUAUAUAUACCCAGAGAAGUUUUAUGUAAAUUAUUUUGUGACGUCUUAAAAAUGUGAAAUGUACCCAUUUUAUUUAUAAAUGCCUUUAUUCUGUUGUACAUUGUCAAUAAUACAUACCUUCAUAAAAAUA